AUGAUACUUCUUCUCUUCAUCCUCCAACUCUUACUAAUAUCCACUGAAAGUACGUUGCACGGGACACAUCAAUACGAGAACACUAAACAAAAUUUAAAAAUCGUGAUUGAAGAAAUCGUACAGGAGAUGAACGAACGAGCUAAAUGCAUUGUUUUUGUUACGGAUUCUGUUUACAAAUCUAUGACAAGUAUUAAAGAUAUUAGUAGUUCCUUGAAUGUAUCUAAAUACGAGAUUAUGUUGCGUGAUAAUGAACAGUUCUUGAAACCAAGGCGACAAAUUAAAAAAAUAUUGAUCGACAGCAAGAAAAUCGGCUGCAAUGCAUACGUCAUGAUAAUUGCUAAUGGAUUUUUGGCAGCAGAAUUUCUGCAAUAUACAGAAAGUGAACGCCUGAUUGAUACUCGUGGCUUAUUCUUGUUGUUAUAUGAUACUCGCCUGUUUCAAUCGAAUUUACAUUAUCUUUGGAAUAGAAUAAUUAAUGUAGUUUUUAUUCGUCGAUAUAAUGCAUACAGGCACCGUUCUGGCGAAAAGCCUUUUAAAGAAAGAAUCGAUUUGAACACUGUUUAUUUCCCUUCUCAUAAGACACGUACUGCGAUGAAGUACUUGGAUACUUGGUAUCAAGGGAAGUUACAUUAUGGCACUGAUUACUUCAAAGAAAAAACCACAAACCUGCAGAAUAAGCAGUUACUAAUUGCCGUAUUUGAACAUAUCCCAGCAGUAACAGAGAAAUCAAGACCAUAUUAUGAGAAACGACCAGAUAAUAGCAUAAAAGCGCUAGGAAUAGAAUAUGAAUUAAUGCAGGUGAUAUCAGAAGCAAUGAACUUUACACCGAAAUAUUACAUGCCGUAUAACAUUGCUUCUGAGAAAUGGGGAGACGGAGGAAAAAAUCAAAAUCAUACUGGACUUAUAGGUGAAGUCCUACAAGGGAAGGCUGCAUUUUAUAUAGGCGAUUUACAUUAUACACUGGAUCAUAUUAAUUAUUUUGAUUUGUCUAUACCAUACAACACCGAAUGCCUUACAUUUCUAACGCCGGAGUCGUUAACUGAAAAUUCAUGGAAACUUUUAAUACUACCAUUUAAGAAAUAUAAAUGGAUUUUUUCUCUGUUUUUAGAAUAUACACUUGGAUCNGUGUCUUAUAAAAAAUACAUAAGUCUAUAUAAAAGUCAAAUGCACUCACAAGAUGGAAUAUCCAUCCAAACGCAAAUGAAGGGAUUAUAUUUAUUUACUAAACUCGAGAAUAGUAUUUUGUAUACGUAUAGUAUGCUCUUUCAAGUUUCGUUACCCAACUUGCCAAGCCCUUGGGCAGUGAGAAUAUUAAUUGGAUGGUGGUGGACUUACAGCAUUCUAGUUACAGUUGCAUAUCGAGCUAGUAUGACUGCAACCUUAGCAAAUCCAGUUGCCAGAGUUACUAUCGAUACAUUAGAACAAUUGGCUAAAAGUUCUAUAGAUAUUGGAGGAUGGAAUAAAGAGAGCAAAAAUUUCUUUUUAAUAUCAUCAGACCUCAAUAGCCAAAAGAUUGGUAACAAAUUCCAGUUGAUAAAUAACGAGAAUGAAGCUAUCAAGAAAGUAGCGAAUGGGUCUUUUUGUUACUAUGAGAGUUCCUACUUGCUUAGACAUGCUCGCGUGAAAAGGCAGGUAUUAGAGAAAGAACAAAACGAGAAUCAAACUGCGAGGAGUGUAUUAUUGAAAUAUAAUUUGCAUAUUAUGGAAGAAUGUGUUGUAAAUAUGCCAAUAGCCAUUGGGAUGGACAAAAAUUCACCAUUGAAAUCAAAUGUGGAUAUAUUGAUGAGACGUAUAAUAGAAAUUGGAUUAAUUGAGAAAUGGUUAAGCGAGGUCAUGGAAUGGUCAAAAAUUAUGGAAACACGACAAGAAAAGGAGUCAGAAAAAGCAUUGGUUAAUAUGCACAAAUUACAAGGAGCGUUCAUUGCUGUUGUAGUUGGAUAUUUAUUAGCUUCAAUAAUUUUAAUAGCAGAAAUUAUACAUUGGAAAUAUAUCGUCUUAAGAGACCCAGAAUUUGACAAGUAUUGCUUAGAUACAUUCUAUAGUAAUAACAAUCCUAAAAUACAGAUUAAUAGGUUCAAAUUCGUACAUUAAUCUUUUAAAAAAUAAUUCAAAUAUACCAGAUGAGUCACCUAAGACUCACCUGAAAUAUCUUAAUUUUAAUGAUACGAAAAAUGUGUAAGGAAGCAAAAUUCAAUCAUGUAUAUGUUCACUUUUAGAUGAUUUCUGAAGGUAUUAUUUUUGAAAAAACAUUACUUGGCAUACGAAGAUGUUUAUGCUUAUCGUGCUCUAAUUAGUGUUUUAUUGAUAUAAAUACAAGUUUAUACAUGUAUAUUCUAUUACAUUAUAUUAUUCAACAAUAUAAUUCUGUGAGAUAAUAAUAACUGAUAAUAACAAUAAAUGUUUAUUAAUACAAAUAACAUUUGGUUGUAAAGUGUUCAUGCAAUGCAGAUAAUGUUUAGCAAUUGAAAUGAAUACGAUUUUUUUCGUUA